AUGGGGAACCCUGCGUACGCCUAUCCCACGUCUUCGGGCAGCCGCAGCGGCCACGAGGAGCGCAGCGUGCUCAACUUCACGCUCCGCGACUCCCCGCGCGAUACGGUGAACGCCGCCUGCUGGGGAGACAGGAGCCAGGUGGCGCAGGUGGCGACCGUCUUCCGCAUCGGAGACUGCGUAUGUGUGACCAAUGCCGUGGCGAGAAACCGGAAUCUGGGAUCCACACAAGAUCUGUAUUCACCGGAUGCAUCCAGCCCAUUCCACCUGGUGCUCAGUGUUGACCGUGAGCCACGCAGUGAGGUCUCCAUUGCUGAGGAGGAUGUGUUCCUGGAGCUCAUGCCACUGCUGCGGGUGCCUCUGCGAGGAGCCUCGCACGUCAUCACACUCGCUGACCUGCUCUACUCUGGGCACGAGAUGAACGACAGGCACGUCUCCCUGCUUGUUGGUGUGCAGAAGGUUGGGCCUGUCACACCAAUAGCAACCAAGGACGGCAGACAGGUGCAGAAGAUAGACGUCACAGUAUGCGACCAGUCGCACCUUGGCUUCAAGGUGACACUGUGGGACGACGAGCUGAUCCACGUCUCACACUUGUGGAAAGCGAAGGAGACAGUGCUGUACAUCGCCGACGCACGGGUUCGACUGAGCAACAUGUUUGGACUCACUGCGUCUGCGGACGGAAGAACUGUCGUCACCGUCAACCCGGAUAUGCCGGAAGCAACGGCGCUCUUCGACUACCUCCAGGGCGUCGACGUUGAUGAAGACGUGGGCGAGGAAGCCUAUGUGGACACAACCGUGUACACAGUCAUCCAGGCGAAGCGCGAAAUGGCGGCGAGGUUGCAGAGUGGCGACGUGACGCCCCUCGGCGGCGUCUUCUUCGCCUUCCUCAACCAGCUGGAUCUCGACGGACCCGGCGCACGCACGGUGGCAUCGCGUUGUGCCCACUGUAACUUCCGCCUGAGAAGCGGCGAGUCCUGGUGCACGAACGGGACGUGCCCCGUGGCCAUGGGCGAGGCGGAACCGCAGUGCGUGGAAGAGCUAGACAUCCCAGUCAUGUGGACUGACCACACGGGCUCCCUGGAACGGUCGCGCGUCAGCGGACGCGUCGCUGAAGGACUCCUCGGAGUUACGGUGAAGCAGUUCAAGGAGCUCUCGGAAUACGAGCUGACCUCGCUCAAGUGGAACUUUUUGCUGGAGAGAUUCAAGGUCCAUUUCAAGGUAAACUUCGCCACGGGCUCCUCCAGCAGCGAUCCCGUGGUCAGGGUCGUCGGCGUGAGCCGUGCCAGACCGCAGGAGUUCCUGGAGAAAGUAUUCAACGUGCGGGCUUGAAGUGCAGCAACUCGGCAUUUUUACUUUGCUCUUUCUUUCUUCU